AUGCAUUCCCUAAAACCACUCACUUUUACACUAAAUAUAUUACUCUUGCUACUUUCUCUUUCAUCCCAAAAACCUUUGGUCGAUGCUGACAUCGAGCAAGUUAAUCUCCGUGACCAAUCAUCACUCUCUCUAAACAACAACAACAACUCUCUUGCAUCUGAAUCGGAUGAAGAAGACAUCUUGAAAAGAAGUCCUUCCAUUGAAGCUAAUAUAACUGCAUCUAAUUUCACCUACCUCAUGAAAUUCGGUCUUAGAAGGUACAAAGGCAAUAGAGAUCUCAUAUAUGUCAAUGCCACUCCAGAUACCGGAAGCGAUCUCAUAUGGUUUCAUAGCAAGCCUUGCGAUUAUCUACUAGGUUGUGAUUGUUCUUGUUAUUACAAAGGUGAAUGUAUCACGAAGCCCAGGCACAUUUUCGGUUGUACAGAUCCAACAUGUAAACAAUUGAAAAAUAUUGGAGUCGAUUAUGAAUGUUACCAGCAAAAUGCUAGAAAACUAUGCUUGUACAAUCUUAAAUAUGAAGACGGUGCUGAAUCAAAAGGAUUUUAUGGUCAUGCAGAUUUUCAGUUUACACCAGGCGAAAGUGAUAAAACGGGUGAAAUUAAUGAGCAACCAUUGAGUGUUGGAUUUGCAACUACAAAGAAGGAGGAAGAUGUACCAGAAAGAAAUGGAAUGGUUGGGCUUGGAAUGGGAGAAUUGUCUUUCAUAAAACAAUAUGGUGGAAUACCAAAGAAAUUCUCUUAUUAUCUACCUCAGUUUCUUCGUCAAGAUGAACCAGAAAUGAAAAAGAAAAGCAAUGUUCCAGACUGCGAUGGUGGAGACCCAAAAACUUAUGUUUGCUUAACAAUAGAGGGACAAAAUGAAAAUGAAGGGUAUCGCAAAAGGCUGCGUAGCUAUGGGAAGUCAAAGGGAGAACCACAAAUACUUGGAAGUAGGGCACAAAUGGAUUUUACGGUUGCUUUUGAUCUUGGAAAGGGUAUGAAAGUAUCUUUUGAGAAUCAUGAAAAAGUGCCAGAUUCUGGAAGUGUUGAGAAGGUGUCUUUUGAGAAUAAUGAAAAAAUUUCAGUCCUUUCAGAAUAA